UACAUGUUCCCUCUCCCUCCCCCUCUUAAUUUUCUUGUCUCUCCAUGAAGCUUCAUAAAUCCAUGGAGCUUCAUUUUCCCAAGAACCAAACAAUCCAAAGAACUCCGAAAAUAGUUAUUCUCACAACCUUUACCCUAAUUCUUCUUUCCAUCAUUUCUCUCAAUUGCCCUCAACCCAGAAACUUUUCCUUUUCAUCUAAAUCUUCUUCUUCUUCUUCUUCUUCCUCCUUCGAUAGCCUUUCUCCAUCGAACGAGAAUGAUCAUGACAACAUCGAUCAUCAUCCCGAUACCAACCAGAACUGGUCAAUACAUGAUCAAAUUAAAGACUAUCUAAAUUCUAAAAAAUCUUGUGAUAUAUUUUCCGGAGAAUGGGUGCCGAAUCCUGAAGCGCCGUACUACACAAACACGACGUGUUGGGCGAUUCAUGAACACCAGAACUGCAUGAAAUAUGGACGGCCAGAUAGGGAGUUCAUGCAAUGGAAAUGGAAGCCGGACGGCUGUGAUCUUCCUGUGUUUAAUCCUGGUCAGUUUCUGGAAAUUAUGAGAGGAAAAUCUGUGGCUUUUGUUGGAGACUCGGUAGCUAGAAAUCAAAUGCAGUCAUUGAUUUGCCUCAUUUCUAGGAUUGCAUAUCCUGAAGAUGUUUCAUACACAUCCAAUGAAAAUUUCAAACGUUGGUUGUACAAAUCCCACAACUUCACGCUAGCUACCUUUUGGACACCCCAUCUGGUGAGGUCGAAGCAAGCAGACGCCAAUGGACCGACUAACACAGGCGUCUUCAACCUCUACCUGGACGAAUACGAUGAAGAAUGGACAACCCAAAUCGAACAUUUUGACUAUGUCAUUCUCUCCGCCGGGCACUGGUUCUUCCGUUCAAUGGUCUUCUAUGAAAACACCCAAAUUGUGGGCUGCCGCUACUGCCUCCAGGAAAAUGUCACAGAUCUGCCAAUGUAUUACGGCUACCGGAAAGCCUUCAGGACGGCCUUUAAGGCCAUCAAUAGCCUGAAAAAUUACAAGGGAAUAACAUAUCUCAGGACUUUUGCACCAUCACAUUUUGAGAAUGGACUCUGGAAUCAAGGGGGGAAUUGUCUGAGAACCAGGCCAUUCCGGAGUAAUGAGACAACAUUGGAGGAUACAAACCUGGAGCUCUACAUGAUCCAAUUGGAAGAAUUCAAGAUUGCUGAGAGAGAAGGGAGAAAAAAUGGGAAAAAAUUUAGACUGCUUGACACCACUCAGGCUACAUUAUUGAGGCCUGAUGGUCAUCCUAGUAGAUAUGGGCACUGGCCUAAUGAAAAUGUAACAUUGUACAAUGACUGUGUGCACUGGUGCCUGCCGGGACCAAUAGACACGUGGAACGAUUUCUUGUUGGAGAUGUUGAAGAUGGAAGGGAUUAAAUCGUAUGAGGAGAAGCUUUACCCUGCAGAAGAUAGAAAAAUGAAGUUUAGAUAGAUGAGAGUCUUUUAUUAUUUGUUCAGCUGUAUGUUAUUGUGCUUUAGAGUUGUGUAAUUGUGCCUAAAAUUUGACUUAAAGAAUGCAAGUUGAGAUAUUGCCUUA